GACAAAUAAAUAGGUCUAGACUUAGAUCUUAAAGUGUUAUCUAUUUUUACAGAUUGAGAUUGUCUUAAUCUUCAUUGCACUGAGGCCAUAGUCUAAAAACUACACACCAUGAUGUCUUUAUUUAACGAUCUGAGACCAUUAAUAGCCCCUCAUUAUGUUACAAAUAUCAUCCUGGCAACGCUAUACUUUAUUUUAAAAAGCACACCCCAUGUUUGUCAUUGGGUUUUUAACUCUUGCACACUUGAGAUGAGAGAAUGGGAGUGGUUAACAUUUUUGGCUUGUGUUAUUGUUUUGAAGAAUAGAAAACAAGCAAACUUAGUGGAGUAUGUGUCAACUGCCUGUCUUUUUACCAAAGCUUUGAGUCUGGUUUGUUUUUUAAACUACAGCCCUGCCUACGCUGUUCUGUAUGCACUCAUUUGUAUAGCACAUGUGAUGUUUCUCCCCAAACCAGUGUAUCAGGGACCAGAGAGCAUCAUUUACUUCAGGGGACCUAACUUGUGUGAUGAGAUUGCUAGAGAUAAAAGAAUAACUUGGCUGAUUGCUUUUUAUGUGGCUUGGUCUCCAAAAUGCAUUGAUUUGGCACCUGUAUUUUCUGAAAUUUCUAAUGAGUAUAAUUUAGAUAAUUUGAAGUUUGGUAAAAUAGAUGUUUCCAGAUAUCCAAAUAUCGCUGAAAAAUAUCAGAUCAACACUGGGGCGUUGUCUCGUCAGCUACCAACCAUUAUUUUAUUUCAAGAAGGAAAAGAAACAGAAAGGAGACCCAUCCCCACGAAACGUGUGACUUUAAAGUUUGACUUUACAAAGGCUAACAUUAUCAAAGAGUUCAAACUGAAUGAGCUGUAUGGUCAGUGUAAGAAGAACCUGCCUGCCAAGAAGAAGCCUGUAGACAAGACAGAGACAAAGAAGGAGAAGUAACUCUUCCUUGGGGGGAAUCUUUUGAGAACUGUAAAUAUUUGGUGUUCUGGCCCCUACUUCACACAUCAGCCUUGAAGGUGAUAUUAAAGCUCAUCCUUUGAAAGGUGGAUUGUUUGUGGACAUGGGAAGAAUGAAGGCAUUUAUUGGGCUGUAAGGAUUGUAUGCAAAGAUACAUACUGCGUUGUAGUUUUGAUUUGAUUUGUAUAUAUAUAUAUAUAUGUGUCAUGUUGGUUUUAUUGAAUCUGGUUCCUCCCCCCCCCCCUCCUUUUUUUUUUCUAAAUGGAUGACACACUUUCAAACUUAAGUAUCUUUCAGUUAACAAUGUGUCUGAUAAAACCAGACAUUUGGUAAAGGAUGUCCAGAUUUAGCUUUCCCUCUUAACUUGCUGACAGUAAGUUUUUGUCUUUUUAUUAAAACUAAAUGAGGCUAUUGGCCUAAUAUAUGACCAAUUUGAAUGGUUUUUUUUUUUUUGCUCAAUAUUAUAUUAUCUGCUUUUUUUCCCCCUGAAGUAUAUAGUCUGAUCUGGUACUACGUCAGUGUUGAUAUUUCUGUCUCUUCCUAGUUCAGCUGAUAGUGGUGUUUUCAGGGACAGAUUGGCGGUUAAUAGAUAGAAAUUAUUUAUUGUGUGUUCAUCUCUUUCUAUUUUGACAUAAAACAAAAAGUAGAUGUAACAUUAUUGUUUUAUAACUGCAUACAUUUUAAAAAACCUUUUCCAUUUUUUCUGUCUGACUAGGAAUAGUAGUUAUGGCUAAGCUAUAUGUCCUGGUACUUUUAGGGGCAUGUCCUCAUUUGAUAGUUUAGAUUUCGUUGUUGUUCUUUGCAUUAUGUAUUAUUCACUUAGAAGCGCUUUACAUUUCCCAAUAUUGUUUGUGCCACGAUGUGAAUAUGGUCAAUUUAAAGUUUACUACAUUCCCUGCUGACAUUACUGCAAAAGAUGUUUAUCCGUAUUCCUUUGUCCAUGUGCAUUUAAAAAUGUGAUUUGCAUUUACAUCUAUGUGAUGAUAGUCCAUAGCAGUUGAAAAACUGAAUGCUGAUUAAAAGUAAGUUUUGUAAUAAAGUGUUUAUGUUGAAUUUCAUUUCAUGAUUCUAGAAAUCUUUUUUUUUUUCCUCACUCAUAAUAUAAUAAUAAUAAGGCUUGUCUUCGAGUCCAAAGAUUAAUGAAAAUGUGAGCUACAUAUUUUGCCACAUUGUACGCAGGCAUAACCAUUGUCCGCCAGUGGUCGAUUUAGAAUUUCUUUUGGUCUUAAAUGUGUAUCCCGCUGCCUAUUUAAGUCAUCUCCGGCUGUCUCGUUCUGAAGCCACCUGCAACUAGGUGCUCUCUUCUAUGCCAGUUAAAGCAGGUUGGCUUCUAAGCUGGUCUUUAAAGCGUUUCCUUGGGGGUCUUCUGUUACGUCGACCACCUUUCAGUUCAUCAAAAAAGUUAAAUAUCUCCUUUCACUGGUAAGGCUUACAUGUGAUAACACAUCAUUAGCCUGCUCAUUAUAUAUAUCGAAAAAUUAAAAUAUUGUGAACAAAUUGCACUGACAAAGAAACAAACUCAAGUGGACUAAUUAUGUUGACCAACUUCUGUACUUUUUGAUGAGUUUUAUAUGAAAGUAACCAGUUUGUAUUAUAUUUCAACAUAUCUAUAUGUUUAAUCAGAGCCAACUUCAUUUGAAGAAGUUUGCUCAGUUAUAUCAUGCCAGUCACUAGAAACUUUAAUUUUAAAUUUAAGCCAACAGCUUUCCAUCGGGGGUUAAGGCUUUGGCUUGUACAAGUUAGCCUAUAUUAAUAAGACUUAAACACAUAAAUGGACCAUUCCAGUGGAAAAAAAAAUGAUUUGAGGUACAUCUGUUUAAAAUUUCAUCCAAUCAUCUCUUAAGUUUGAUUUAUUUUACUUGUGACUUGUCCUGGAGUCUGAAUUGCUUUGCAAGAGCAUGUUAUUUUUUAGUAUGAUUUCUUUUUAUACUUGACACUAAAGAAAAAAAAAUUUACCACAUUCUGAUUUGUACAAAGAUAUUUGCUAUUAUUUUCUGAUAGAAAUAAUUUUUUUUAUUUUAUAGUUAUUUUACUUUUUGACUGAAUCGUUCCUUGUAAUAAACAUUCUCCACACAAUAUGACCUUGUACAUUUCAAAUUAGAUCUCAUGUUGUGUACAUUUUGUAUCUCCUUAUGCCAUGUUAGACUUGAAUUUGACAUAGUAUCAAUUUGUCAAAAUGUUUUAGAUGUAACAAUGCAUUCUUGUGGUGUCAAGUCAUGGAAAGGCUGAACAGGUUGGCUUUAUAAAAGUUUGUGUGCAGUGAAAGUAUAAUUGUGAUUGCAAACAAUUUUUCUUAUCUUAGUAUGCAGUAUUGAGCGAAUGGUAUCCGAUAAGUGAGCACCCUGUUUGGUUGAAUAUUUCACAACUUUAUCAUAUUCCAGAGAAAAAAAAAUGCAUCAAAAAAAUGUAUAAAUAAAUGAUUCAAAACUACAA